GCAGGCAGUGAUGGCGGCGGCCGGGGAGGUUGAUGAGCAGACGCUGCAGGAGCUGUACUCCUGGGUGGACAAGAUCCCCCUGUCCAGACCCAAGAGGAACGUCUGCCGGGACUUCAGUGACGGAGUGUUAACGGCUGAAGUCGUCAAAUACUAUUUCCCCAAACUGGUGGAGAUGCACAACUACGUCCCGGCCAACUCCGCCCAGCAGAAAGUCAGUAACUGGACCAUCCUCAACCGGAAAGUUCUCAGUAAGUUGAACGUCUCUGUUCCGGACGACUUGAUCCGCAGGAUCGUUCAGUGCUCGCCAGGGGUAGUGGAGCUCGUCCUCAGUACUCUGCGACAGAAGAUCGAGGAGAGACAGAGGCAGAUCCAGAGCGAGCAGGAGGUGACGAGUCCACGCUCGGAGCCCAACGACCACACAGAGCCAGGUAAUUCCCCAAAGCAGAAGAGCAACGGCGCAGACAGGGGAGAGCCUGGGAGUAAGCCUCCUCCGGGGUACGCUCAGGCUGCUCACCCAGAUUCCGGUCUCCGUAUGCAGCUGGCAGAGAAGGAGCGGGCGCUGAUGGCCUCCCAGGAAACCAUUCAGAUAUUACAGGCGAAGCUGCGGAGAAUGGAGCAGCUGCUCCAUCUGAAGAACGUCCGGAUAGACGACCUGGGCCGCCGCCUGCAGGAGGCCGAGAAGAAGUGACCCCUGACCCCCGCGCCGCCUCUGUCUAUAUACUGUGAUUAUGGUGCUUUUAUAUGUCCCGCUGCUUACA